ACAUAAGCUGUGACUUGCUACCCGUAAGCGUGGAUUAAGAGUGAAAAGCUUCGGAAAACGUAGCCCCUCUCGUACGUUCUGCUAACACAUCCGUCAGUGAGACACCAACUCGUCGUAAGGGCACGAAGGCAAAAUGACGUCGAUAAACGUGGACAAAUACAAACUGUCCGACAAAACGGCAAAGCUGACGGCCAAAGACAUCAUCCCGGUCGUCCAGUCGUCCGACUCGGCGGAGACUCGCGAGUUUCUGCACACAAUCGCUGAGCUGCUGGUCGACUAUGUCAACGUACAGAACGACCGGAAGGAGAAGAUCCUCGACUUCCACCACCCGGAGGACAUGAAGAAGCUGCUCUCGCUGGACAUCCCCGAGCAGGCGGUCACACUGCAACAGCUGGUGAAGGACUGCGCCAUGACGCUGAAGUACCAAGUGAAGACGGGCCAUCCGCAUUUCUUCAACCAACUGUCGUGCGGGCUGGACGUGGUUUCGAUGGCCGGCGAGUGGCUGACGGCGACGGCCAACACCAACAUGUUCACGUACGAGAUUGCACCGGUGUUCAUCCUGAUGGAGAACGUCGUCCUGUCGAAGAUGCGCAAGAUCAUCGGCUGGGACGGUGGCGACUCGAUCCUGGCGCCGGGCGGUUCCAUCUCGAACCUGUACGCGUUUCUGGCCGCCCGCCACAAGAUGUUCCCGAACUACAAGGAACACGGCGCCCGUGCCUUACCCGGUGAGCUGGUGAUGUUCACCUCCGACCAGUGCCACUACUCGGUCAAGUCCUGCGCCGCCGUCUGCGGGCUCGGCACGGACAACUGCGUGAUGGUGCCGUCCGACGAGCACGGCAAGCUGAUUCCGGCCGAGCUCGAGCGGCUUAUCGUGGAGCGGAAGGCACGCGGCCAGAUCCCGUUCUUCGUGAACGCGACCGCCGGCACCACUGUGCUCGGGGCAUUCGAUCCGAUCAACACCAUUGCCGACAUCUGCGAGAAGUACAACUGUUGGUUCCAUGUUGACGCCGCCUGGGGUGGUGGACUUCUGCUGUCCAACAAGUACCGCUCUCCGCGCUUCGAUGGCAUCGAGAGAUGCGACUCGAUCACGUGGAACCCGCACAAACUGAUGGGAGCCCUGCUGCAGUGUUCAUCGAUUCACUUCAAGGAGGACGGCCUCCUGAUUAGCUGCAACCAGAUGUCGGCCGAGUACCUGUUCAUGACCGACAAACUGUACGACAUCAGCUACGACACCGGCGACAAGGUGAUCCAAUGCGGUCGCCACAACGACGUCUUCAAGCUGUGGCUGCAGUGGCGCUCCAAGGGUACGGAGGGCUUCGCCAAGCACAUGGACCAUCUGAUGGAGCUGGCCGAGUACGAGGUGCGCCGCAUCCGGCAGCAACCGGACAAGUUCUACCUGAUCAUGGAGCCGGAGCUGGUGAACGUGUCGUUCUGGUACAUUCCGAAGCGUUUGCGUGGAGUGCCGCACGACGCGAAGAAGGAACAGGAACUGGCGCGGAUCUGUCCCAUCAUCAAGUCGCGCAUGAUGCAAUCCGGCACGCUGAUGGUCGGCUACCAACCGGACGAUCGUCGCCCGAACUUUUUCCGCUCGAUCAUCUCGUCGAUCGCCGUCACCGAGGCCGACGUAGAUUUCAUGCUCAACGAGAUCGAUCGUCUGGGGCAAGACUUGUAAGGUGCCUCCGUGCGCAGUCCGAUGGGAGACCCAGACACCCUGUUCCUGUCGCUAGCUGCUGCCGGGAGCUCACUGUCAGACGGGGGGCAGCUGACAUUUUAAUCAACCAAUGAGUAUCAGUUAUGAAGACAUAUCAAUAUAUCUUCAACAAGUUGUUGUGUUUCACAUUCCAAAGCGAAAAGAACAAACAUACGAAUGCUUUAUUGACCGCAGUCUGUGAGAUUUUUCUUAGGAAGGCUUAGAGCAGGAAGUUAGAACCAUCGUUUCUAGAAAACGUUUUCGUUAUCCAUGUCACGGACAUAUCAGAUGGUUUAUCUCUCUUUUUAAGUUUACGUGUUCUGCUGAAAAGAAUCACUUUGACGAUCGGUAGACCUAGCCGUAGUGAAUUAAGUUCCCAAAACUGACCCGUUUUGCUAGGUUCGUCCCCUAACACAACUAUUUACCUAAACCUUGACUGUUGAAUCCCAGCCGCCGGGCACGGGAAACCCAAUUAUAUAUAUACAACAAUCGCAAAACGGUAACCCUAGAGAUAUACUAUAUAUACACGUAUAUACACAGCCACCCAGUAACACCUUAAAGACCGCAAAAUACACACUAAACCGGCAGACGACAAUGCCUACGUAGGCCUGCGAGGCACUACGAGAUGGCUUCGCGAGGAACUCGCGAUGUCGAGCGUCCAAGCAUAAUCCGCGAAUUCUGCCGUUUACGUAGAUGUGUUUUAAUUCAAACUCACACUGGCCCUCCCCCAGUCAUAGGCCGUGUGCCAGCCGACCAUGUAGCACAUCAUUGCGAUAAGUAGUCCAUUUCAAGGUACCUUAAAACCUGCAUUCGGUACCUCAGACCUUUCACGGGGUUUUGAGUGGAUACUGUGGCGAAACUGGUGGCCGAGUGAAGAUUGAAAAGUCAUUUGAACAAAAUUACCUACUGGUCUAUGUGUAGUGUCGCAAUAACAGCCACGGGAACCGGUUCAGAUCGAACCUGGAACGUUCUGGCGAAAGUUCAUCCUACAGUCCGUUUCCGCUUUCGCCAAGUAUAAUCGACCGGUAGCGUAUCCUAAACGGAGGCAUUUAUGGCUACGGCCACGAAACUAUCCUAGGUUGUGUUGUGCGUAUGUGUGUCAGUUUUGUGCGAUUGAUUUUGGCGCUUAGUUCCGAUUCGUCCUCAAUCGCGCGCUCGACCAGAGCAAGUGCAAGGACCGUAGACUGUAACAAUGUGUAAAUAUUAGGCUUCUAGGUAUGUUAACGCUUAAUGUCUCCUACCGUCGAGUAAAAGGAAUUGGGUGUGACAGAGCUAGAGAAAGUAGUGCGAAGCAGCAUAAGAAGUGUAUAAAACGGUGCGCUACGGUGCGGCUGAAACGAAGCGCAACCUGUAACCUGACUGAGAAUGUUAUCGCCACGCGAAUAUUGUUGAUACUGUGCAGUCCAGCCGGUUAGGAUGGAGAACGUGUUCCAAGACGACGAGAUAGCCUGCGGUAGUACCGGGAGACAGAUCGUCGAUGAUCAGCUCUAGGGGCGGCCAGUGGACAGGAUAUUAAAUUUGCCAGAGUUUAGACAAACAUGGACGCACGGUAAGGGACUAGAGCUCCAUUUGUUUUGCCUUCCUGCCAUCCUGGCCACAAUUAAGUUGCUGCUCGUUGAUUUUUAUUUUAUUUCGGCACAGCCAGUUAGGAGGUUAGGUUCUGUAUAUAAUACGUUCUUCAUUCUUGCAGCCAAAGAGUUCAACGGACACAAUGCAAAGCAUUUAACGCGUGGUCUACGUUACUAGAGCAGUGGCCACGUGUGCACACGGUGUGGGUUAUAUCGUACUGUGCUUAGGAAUUUAACUUUGCCAAGACGAAUGGUAAACGAACACGUAGUGGGUAUGAUUUUAGUAGAACCCUAAUUUUAAGACGACUGUUUGAGGCGGUCUGCUCUCCGUCGGGCUCAGGGAGCGCGAUGUGGAGCUGUGGACGGAACCAAGUUCCGGAACCGCGCUCUGCAUCGGCAUCAGGAGCCCGCCAGGAUAGGGAACUGAUGCGAACAGUGAAACGACAAAAUCACAAAGUCUUCCUUCAAAUGAAAUGUUAAUUAAUCAACGAUUCAUGCUCACUCUCAGAUACGCUCAUUUGUUGGCACGGGACGGCUGGUGGCCCCUCGGUAGCCGGAAGUGCACGGGCACGACACUGCCCGUGCGAGACCGAGCCGUCCCGGUCGGUCCUGGUCGUCCCAGUGCCCUAUUUGUAUAUUUCAUCUGAAAAGUGAUGUGAAUCGUUUACGUAAUGUAUUGGGUGACGAGAGAUGAAACACACAAACAUAUAUAUGCAAAAAUCAAAAUGGAGAAAAAUACGAAACAACCUUAUUGCUGUACAAUGUCGAGCGCGCGGAAAGGAAUCCAAUAUAGCACACGAAACCCAAAAACUCUUCUGCAGCGCAAAACAAAUGAAUUGCUCAACUUUAACCCCCAACGGUUUGCUUUAGUGGUUCGAAGUUGCCAUAAACGCAUUUACACGCAGAUAAAUGGGAAUGAGCUUUCCCAUCGUAUUGGUUUUGGUAAACGUGUCGCCGACCGAUCGUAACCGUUGUAAAAAACAUUUUAUUUUCGCCCCUGGCAUAGCCGGGAACGUUGAGUAGUGUCAGCUACUCUACUCUUAAUCCGCUCCAUUCCAUUCCAGCACUACAAUGCAAUGCACUACACUGCAACAUUAGCAUGUAAAGUACGAAGACCGACACGAGGAAUUGGACCGCAAAUGGUGUAGCGAAACAGCAAAAUGUAAAACAAAUUCGAUGAAACGAGAACAAAUCCCUACCUAGAUGUUGUGUGUUGUUGAAUGCAAAAAAAAACGAAUAUAUUUCACACGCCGCAGUCGAGAGGCGACAACGAAGAAAUCACUACAGCAAUCCGAUGAAGUAGCCCCUGCAGGUGGAUUCAAAUGAAAUAAAUAAAGCGUAUAAUAUCUAUUGGCAAUUGU